AUGAUUGAGGUCACAGUAAAUGAUCGUCUUGGCAAGAAGGUACGAGUAAAAUGCAAUCCGACAGACACGAUUGGAGAUCUGAAGAAGUUAAUAGCUGCUCAAACGGGUACAAAGUAAGUUUUUAUGCCUUAUAUUGUUUUGUUUUUAGGUUUUAAUGCUUCUCCUUAACUUAAACUUUAAACUUCAUAAAUAAUAUCCUGAAAAUGUUCUACUUGUAGUGACUUUACAUUUGCUUUUCCUUUAUUGAAAAGGUGUUACCUUUAGUUCUUCCUUUUAAAACCUCUUUUUUAGAGCAGACAAGAUCCAGCUGAAGAAGUGGUACAACACAUACAAGGACCACAUUACGCUACAAGAUUAUGAAAUCAACGACGGCUUCAACUUUGAACUCUAUUAUCAGUAA